CACAUUUUACACGACGCGUUCGUUCUAAGAUUUGAAAAAUAAUAAUAAUUAUUAUUAUCAAAACCAAAUUCCAGUCGCAUUUUUCAUCCGCUCAUCAUCGGGUUCUCUCCUCAAAUCUAAGGAUCGAACAUCAAUUAGACAGUCUCAAGUCUCAGGCCAGAUUGCUUUGCUUCAAUUAUGACAUGCGUGUAUGGAUACUCCCCUUUCGAAUUGAUUUUCGAGGCUGGAAUAUAGUGAAACCCAAAGAUUAAGAGAAGUUUGAUUUGAAAUUGGAUUCAGAAGAUAUGAGAAGGGAAGUUUGGAGAUGGAUCAUAGGUUUGAUAUACAUUGUUGCUGUUGCGGCAAUAUGGAUAGCUGCCAGUUUUGUUGUUCAGUCUGUUGUAGACGCAGGUGUGUCCCCGUUUCUCAUCACAUACAUUUGCAAUUCAUUGUUUUUGGUCUACAUUCCAAUAGUUGAAAUCGGGCGCUAUUUGGAGGAUACAUAUGGUAGUUUGUUGUUCUGGAAGAAUAAAAAGAGUAGACCUGUGCAAGAAUUGGGAGAAUCAGAGCAGGCCGUUCUUCUCGGAGUGGGUGAUCUGGUUGCAAAAGUCGAGGAGUCAACAACUCAGGCAGCAUUUGUGGAAGGGGGAGAAAUCAAUCAGUAUAGAAGUGUUGAUUCAAGGGCAGAACUUGUAUCAAAUGAGCUUGACUUGCCUGAUCAAAUUGGAGUUGAUGAAGAUGCUGGUAAAGGCAUCGAUGAAAAAGGGCGGUGGACACGCACAAGAGUGGCGAAGGUCAGCCUGCUGAUAUGCCCCUUUUGGUUUUUGGCACAGCUGACUUUUAAUCUAUCUUUGAAGUAUACUACAGUAACGUCAAAUACCAUCUUAAGCAGUGCAUCCAGCCUUUUCACUUUUUUGGUGUCUCUAGCAUUUUUGGGAGAGAAGUUUACCUGGGUGAAGCUUAUAAGUGUUCUUCUUUGCAUGGCGGGAACUAUAAUCGUCAGCCUUGGUGAUUCAGAAACCAGUUUAAGUGCAAUUGCUUCAAGUCCUCUUCUUGGAGACAUUCUUGCGCUUGUCUCAGCUGGAUUGUAUGCAGUAUAUAUCACCCUCAUUCGCAAGAAGUUACCCGAUGAUGAUGGAAAAAAGGGUAACGCCAGUAUGGCUCAGUUCCUUGGAUUUCUGGGGCUUUUCAACCUCUUGAUUUUCCUCCCUGUUGUCCUGAUACUUAAUUUUUCCAAGCUUGAGCCCCUUAGCGCCCUUACGUGGAAGCAGGUUGGCCUAAUUGUUGGCAAAGGUUUGUUAGAUAACGUGCUAAGUGACUAUUUAUGGGCCAAGGCGAUUCUUCUGACAACCACAACUGUAGCAACGGCUGGUCUUACUAUCCAGGUCCCGUUGGCAGCUAUUGUUGAUUCGCUAACAGGCAAUGCCCCUCAUCUCACAGAUUACCUCGGUGCUUUAGCUGUCAUGUUUGGGUUUGUCGGCAUCAAUAUUCCGUCUGAUACCUUUAGUAGAUCAAAAGAAGCCAACCUUGAGGUAACAGCAGUUGGUCAGGACAAUGCUGCUACUUGCUAGGCAGUGGAAUCAUGAUGCACUCAUGUUUAGCUAAGGUAAACAUGUUUAUAAGAUGUACCAUAUCCUUCCUGCCUUCCAAUUCUUCAAUAUAAAGCUUAUAGAUGUAGAUUGCAGUGAAACUCAAUUUUGACUACUUUGUAAAUGCGAUGCAAACUGAUUUGUGUGCUUGCAUUUUUAGAAAAUGGAAUUUGAAGAUCAAUGGCUGCCUUCCUUUGAA